AGAGGCACCAUGCAUCAGGACCAAGGGCCAUUGCUCCUCCUGCCGCUGAUGGCUGCCUGCCUGGGGGCCCAGGGCCGCAACCAGGAAGAGCAUCUGCUGGCCGACCUGAUGCGCAGCUAUGACCCUCACCUGCGGCCUGCAGAGCACGACACGGACGUGGUCAAUGUCAGCCUGAAACUCACCUUGACCAACCUCAUAUCCCUGAAUGAGCGAGAAGAGGCCCUUACCACCAACGUCUGGAUAGAAAUGCAGUGGUGCGACUACCGCCUACGCUGGGACCCCCAGGACUACGGCGGCCUGUGGGUGCUGCGGGUGCCCUCUGCCAUGGUGUGGCGGCCAGACAUCGUCCUGGAGAACAAUGUGGAUGGUGUCUUUGAGGUGGCCCUCUACUGCAAUGUGCUGGUGUCCCCCGACGGCUGCAUCUACUGGCUGCCACCUGCCAUCUUCCGCUCAUCCUGUGCUGUUUCUGUCACCUAUUUCCCCUUCGACUGGCAGAACUGCUCCCUCGUCUUCCAGUCCCAGACUUACAGCACCAGAGAGAUCAACCUGCAGCUUAGUCAGGAAGAUGGCCAGACUAUUGAGUGGAUAUUCAUCGAUCCCGAGGCCUUCACAGAGAACGGGGAGUGGGCCAUCCGACACCGGCCAGCCAAGAUGCUGUGGGACUCAGAGGAGACAGGCCACCAAAAGGUGGUGUUCUACCUGCUCAUCCAGCGCAAGCCCCUCUUCUACGUCAUCAACAUCAUCGCCCCCUGUGUGCUCAUUUCCUCCGUUGCGAUCCUCAUCUAUUUCCUUCCUGCCAAGUCAGGUGGUCAGAAGUGCACCGUGGCCAUCAACGUGCUCCUAGCCCAGACAGUCUUCCUCUUCCUUGUGGCCAAGAAAGUGCCGGAGACUUCUCAGGCAGUGCCGCUCAUCAGCAAGUACCUGACCUUCCUCAUGGUGGUGACCAUCCUCAUUGUUGUGAAUGCUGUGGUCGUGCUCAACGUGUCCUUGAGGUCCCCACACACACACUCCAUGGCCCGAGGAGUCCGCAAGGUGUUCCUGCGGCUCCUGCCCCAGCUGCUGCGGAUGCACGUUGGCUUGCUGGCCCCAGCAGCUGUGCAUGACACUCGGCCCCAGCUCCAGAAUGGCUCCUCUUCAGGCUGGCCCACAGCAACUGGGGAGGAGGUGGCCCUGUGCCUGCCCCGCAGUGAACUCCUCUUCCAGCAGCGGCAGCAUAAUGGGCUGGUGAGGGUGGCCCUGGAGAAACUGGAGAAAGGCCCAGAAUUCUAUGGUAGCCUGAAGCAGGCCGCCCCAGUCAUCCAGGCCUGCGUGGAUGCCUGCAACUUCAUUGCCCGAGCCCGGCUUCGGCGGAGUCACUUUGACAAUGGGAACGAGGAGUGGCUCCUGGUGGGCCGUGUGGUGGACCGAGUCUGCUUCCUGGCCAUGCUGUCACUCUUCAUCUGUGGCACCACCGGCAUCUUCCUCAUGGCUCACUACAACCGGGUGCCCACCCUGCCAUUCCCUGGAGACCCUCGCCCCUACCUGCCCUCCCCAGACUGA